AUGCCCGCCAACCCAUCCCAAACUCAGGGAGGGGUCAAGCUGGUUCUGUACAAUCCCGCUCAUCUAACCCGUCUAGGAACGAUGACUCGGGCUCUGGAGGUAAGCCAGAUGGGAGCUGAGCCUCCCGAAACCCCCGCCCGCAGACGUCUUGUAAAGGCCGCUUCAACCACCUUCCAUACGAAUUCUACGACCAAUUUUGAUUCUCAGCCCUCGAGAGGGGUGUAGCAGG